CUGAGCUGUAACAAGGGAAAUUAGAGCCGCUGAGUAUACUCAAGAUAAAAGAUGGCAGGAAACUUCAAAAGAUUAUUUAAUUUUCUAGUACUUUUUUCUUUUGUUAGUGUCGCAUGUUUUGUGCUGGUUUUAUUCUACUCCAGAAGAAGCUUUGUGGUUAUUGUUUCUGAAAAACAUAUUUUGACACUGGGAAACAAAACAUUUUCAGGGAUGGUAAAGGAGCAAGUCGCGAAGCUGUUGGAGAGGAGGAUCAAAGCCUCAAACAAAAGCAGUGAGAUGGCACCGACACCAUCUGCUGUCAGCUUAACUUUGGGCCCCUGCCCUGAAAACCCCCCAGAUCUCAUAGGUCCACUCCUCGUUGAGUUUGAUUUCGGAAGGACUUGGGAACAUGUGAGAAAGGAAGUCAGUCCUUUGCUUCAAAAAGGAGGAAGGUUCAAGCCAAAAGACUGUGUUGCAAAGCAGAAGGUGGCAAUCAUCAUCCCAUUCCGGAAUCGGCACGAGCAUUUGAAGCACUGGCUUUAUUACUUGCAUCCUAUACUGAAGCGACAGCUUGUGGACUACGGAGUCUAUGUCAUCAACCAAGAUGGAGAGGGAGUCUUCAAUCGGGCUAAACUGAUGAAUGCAGGAUAUGUCGAAGCGCUCAAGGAAUAUGAUUAUGACUGCUUCCUCUUCUCUGACGUAGAUCUGGUUCCCCUAAAUGACCGUAACCUCUACAGAUGUUUUGACAAUCCACGACACUUGGCUAUAGGCAUGGACAAAUUUAAUUUCGACUUACCCUAUAAGACCUUCUUUGGUGGGGUCGCUUCAUUGUACAAACAUCAGUACUUGAAAAUUAAUGGGUUCCCAAACACCUACUGGGGUUGGGGUGGUGAGGACGAUGAUAUCUACAAGCGAAUAGUCUUACGUGGAAUGCAGGUUUCUCGACCUGACUUACUGACGGGCAGGUACAGGAUGAUCAAACAUCAAAGAGACGCGCACAAUGACCCAAAUCCAAAGAAUCCUGAUAAACUGUUUCAAACACAUUGGACCAUGAAUGCGGAUGGCAUCAAUUCCCUCAAAUACACAGUAAAGAACAUUGAGAAGGAUAUCUUGUACACUUUUAUCACUGUAGAUAUCGGCUCUCCUGAAUGAUCUGCCUGAAUGCAAUUUAACUCUCUUGCGUGGCCAGUGAUUCAUUGGUGUUUUGAUCUCAGAACUGAACGAGUGACUUAUGCUCUUAAAAUCUCUGUGAAUCCAAUUUGCCCUAAAAUAAAUAAAUAAAUAAUUAAUUUAGGUAUCCACUCCAACAAAAGGAAAAUGUUGAAAUUCUGAAUAUUCAAGCAACUCAUUUUUUUCAUUUUUUUUUUUGCUGCACUGGGACAAACAGGGAAAUUCCAGUGCUUGUUUCUACUUUAUUUUUUUUGAACUCUGCAAAGUAUAAGCAAUUAUAAGUGAUGAUUUCAUCUGUUUUGCAAACAGCAAAUAACAAGAAGUAUAAUGUCUUCUGGCUGGGUUUGAUCAGCUGUUAAGUAACCUACCAGUUUAGAUUAGAUUAGAUGAAACUUUAUUAAUCCCUCGGGUGGGAUCCUCUGGGAAAUUUAGUUACCAGUAGCACAGCACCAACAGAAGUUGCAUGUUACAGAUACAAUAAGGGGAAUGAGAGUAAGGAUAUAAGCAUAAAUAUACCAUAUAUAUACAUAUACAUAUAUUUUAAAAAGUGUGUUAUAACUGUGUGCUAUAUCUAAGAGGUAGAAAGUAAAGUAACUAAAGGAAGGUGAAAAAAAGGUUUAAAUUUAAUGCUUAAGAACCUACCAACGAGCAUGAUAAAUGGGACACUAUUGUAUAUUAGAUAUUCUUAGAGAAGAUAAGAACAUUAAAACUGCUGUCUCAGAUGAAUGAAUGAAUGGCUUCAUUUUUAAGCCUCAGGAGUUGCCAUUUGGCACCAACAGAGGCAGCCACGGCCACUGUGUCUGCUCAAUGUUUGUGCUAAUAGUGUCUAUUUAGAGCAUUUGGAUUUCAAUUACUUCACAAGUGAGACUGUAUACUAUGGAGUUUAUUUUCAUCAUAAAAUGAAAUGACAGAUGGUAAAGUCAGAAUUUCAAUUCAUAAACAACAUAAAAGCAUGGAUCCAUUUGACCUUGUGUCAACUUUUCAGGCAGCUAGUGGUGGUGCAAUGGUGUGGGAUAUUUUCUUAGCACACUUAGAGACAAGAAAAACUUCGGCAAUAUUUUUUACAUAUUUUUUCUCUAAUAUUUUUAUCGGGGAAAACAAUUAUCAUUUAAUCACAAUAGCCUACCUGAGUGUUAUAGCUGAGCACGUUCCUCCCAUUUCCCAGAAAGAUAGCACACCAUGUCACACAGUUCAGAUUCUGUCUAACCAGUUUU